UUAAAACUCCGUUGGAGAUUUAGGGUUUCGCUCACUUCAGUAGUCUCAGCUUCGCAGCUACUCAGCCCCACCCUCAAUCCUCCCCAGUUGCAGCAGCAAGGCAACUUCGCUCUAUCACCAUGGGGAAGACACGUGGAAUGGGAGCUGGUCGUAAACUGAAGUCCCACCGCAGGAGGCAGCGGUGGGCUGAUAAAUCUUAUAAGAAAUCUCAUCUUGGCAAUGAAUGGAAGAAGCCAUUUGCAGGGUCAUCUCAUGCAAAGGGGAUUGUCCUGGAGAAAAUCGGUAUUGAAGCUAAACAGCCCAACUCUGCCAUUAGAAAGUGUGCUCGAGUUCAGCUGAUUAAGAAUGGGAAGAAGAUAGCUGCUUUUGUUCCCAAUGAUGGUUGUUUGAACUACAUUGAAGAGAAUGACGAGGUGUUGAUUGCUGGAUUUGGUCGUAAGGGACAUGCUGUGGGAGAUAUUCCUGGUGUUAGGUUCAAGGUUGUGAAGGUGUCUGGUGUCUCACUUUUGGCUCUCUUCAAAGAGAAAAAGGAGAAGCCAAGAUCUUAACUACUUCCAGGUUGCAAGAUCUUUUAGUGUGAAUUGUCUCCAAAGAGGAAAAUGGGUAACUAAUCUUUCAUUUUAUGGCACGACCAAGAAAAAAAGAGAGCUUCGCCCGAUUGGCUUGUCAACAUUACACUGGGAAUGUCUCUUCUCUUUUCUGAAGUCUACAACAAACAACUGAGAGAGACAGGAUAUGAACAUUUGAAAAAACUUCAAACAAUUUAUAAUUUGCCCGCUUCUAAUUGCUCGAUAA